AUGCAAGAAGAAAUAUCAUGUGAAAAAUUUGAUAUGGGAAAUAAUUUACACGAUUCAGCCAAUAAAUACGAUGUUAUAAUCGAAAAACAAAAAUCCGUUUCCGUGGAGUCAUUUCAAAAUGGAAUUUUAGUUACUUUUCUAAUGUAUUAUGUAUUUGCUUUAGAAUAUCCUAAAAGUAUCGAAGGAACAUUGGAAACAAUUCAAAGAUUGUUCCUUGAAAUCUGCCCCCAAGAAGGGACGAAGCGCGCCAGCAAAACCAAAAAAGCGACUGCCAUACAUCCAAAAGUGUUAUCUUUAACUGACAACAUUGGAAUAUACACGGAUUCAGAUUAA